AAAAGGAUGGAAUGUACAGACAGACAGAUAGUGAAAACAGUAGAAUGAAUUGCGUGUCACUUUAUUCCUCGAGGCCCGUGUUUACUCUGUUACUGUAUUUAUUAGUCUGCCACAUGGAGUGGCGCUGAAGGGCGGGGCGGGAUGCCGAUCCUACAGACGUGAAGUCAGGAUCUUUACACUUCUCUUCUCUAGACGAAAAAACUUAACUGUAGGUCAAAUUCGAGACGGGAUACUCUUUAAAUGUGCUCUAAAACGUUAUAUUCUUCAAGAAUUUUGGGCUGGAGUUUGGAAGUUUGGCGAUAAUAAGAACGUAGUGAAGAAACCGAGAAACGGGACGUAAGAAGCACUCUUGAGAAGUAACAGGAGCUCUCUGAAUAGUCUGAUGACCCGCGCAAAAAGUUAGUAAGUUGGAUGUUUACAGGAAUAAGAAAACCUGAAGAUUUAAAUGAUGACUGAGAAAGAGUUGGAGAUUGACGACCUCAUAACAGAUGCAAUGGCCACUCCAUCUCCAGCCAAGAGUAUGGGCGACCCAGGCAUCACGCCACUUUCCCCCACACACAUACUGAAGGACUCUGAGGAGAAUGAGCCUCCCAGACACCACUUUGUGGUGGUGGUGGCCAUCGACUUUGGCACCACCUCCAGCGGCUACGCCUAUGCCUUCACUAAAGAGCCAGAGUGCAUUCACACUAUGAGGCGCUGGGAGGGCGGAGACCCAGGGGUGUCCAAUCAGAAGACACCCACCACUAUUCUACUGACCCCAGACAAAAAGUUCCACAGUUUUGGUUAUGCAGCACGGGAUUUUUACCAUGACCUGGAUCCUACUGAGUCUAAACAGUGGCUGUAUCUGGAGAAGUUUAAAAUGAAACUACACACCACUGCAAAUCUGUCCAUCGAUACAGAUCUGCAUGCAGCCAAUGGAAAGAAGGUGAAAGCUCUGGAUAUUUUUGCUUAUGCCCUGGCCUUUUUUAAGGAGCAGGCUCUAAAGGAGCUGAGUGACCAAGCAGGGGCAGAGUUUGAUAAUGCUGAUGUCAGAUGGGUCAUCACUGUACCAGCCAUCUGGAAGAUGCCAGCCAAGCAGUUUAUGAGAGAAGCAGCCUACAAGGCUGCUCUGGUUACUCGCGAGAAUCCUGAUCAGCUGAUCAUCGCUCUAGAACCAGAAGCUGCAUCUAUUUACUGCAGGAAGCUGCGCCUCCACCAAAUGGUCGACCUGGGGAGCAAAACAGCCCUGAACGGUUACAGUCCGACUGACAAUGCUGGGGUGGGAAUGACCCAGGCUAAGGAGCAUGUGCGCCGUAACCGACAGAGCCGCACCUUUCUGGUGGAGAAUGUCAUAGGAGAGCUCUGGUCUGAACUCGCUGAAGGUGAUCGUUAUGUGGUGGUGGAUUGUGGAGGAGGAACAGUGGAUCUCACUGUACAUCAGAUCCGGCUGCCGGAGGGACACUUGAAGGAGCUUUACAAAGCUUCAGGAGGUCCAUAUGGCUCUAUUGGUAUAGAUUAUGAAUUUGAGAAGCUCCUUUGUAAGAUAUUCGGGCAGGAUUUCAUCGACCAGUUUAAGAUCAAGCGUCCGGCCGCCUGGGUGGAUCUGAUGAUUGCAUUUGAAUCCCGUAAAAGGGCCGCAACUCCUGACCGAAGCAAUCCUCUGAAUAUUAACCUGCCCUUCUCUUUCAUCGACUACUACAAGAAGUUCAGGGGACACAGUGUGGAGCACGCGCUGAGAAAGAGCAAUGUGGACUUUGUGAAGUGGUCUUCACAGGGCAUGUUGAGGAUGAGCCCAGACGCGAUGAAUGCCCUGUUUAAACCAACUAUAGACCACAUUAUACAGCACCUGACUGAGUUAUUUGACAGGCCUGAAGUGACAGACAUCAAGUUCCUCUUUCUAGUGGGUGGAUUCGCAGAGUCUCCACUGCUGCAGCAGGCGGUCCAGAACAUGCUUCAGGGCCGCAGCCGAAUCAUUAUUCCGCACGACGUGGGUCUGACCAUCCUGAAGGGGGCGGUGUUGUUCGGCCUGGAUCCAAGCAUUAUAAAAGUGCGCCGCUCUCCACUCACCUACGGCGUCGGCGUCCUCAACCGAUUUGUGGAAGGCAAACACCCACCUGAAAAGAUGCUGGUGAAGGACGGUAUGCGCUGGUGCACCGACGUCUUCGACACGUUUAUCUCUGCCGAUCAGUCGGUGGCGCUGGGUGAAACGGUGAAGCGCAGCUAUACACCAGCCAAGCCAUCGCAGCAGGUGAUCGUCAUCCAUGUGUACUGCUCAGAAAAAGAGUCGGUCACUUUCAUCACGGACCCAGGCGUGAGGAAGUGCGGCUCGCUGAAGCUGGAUGUGAGCGGUACUGAGAGUCCAGCGGCACGCAGAGAGAUCCAGACACUCAUGCAGUUCGGAGACACCGAGAUCAGAGCCAUGGCUGUCGACGUGGCCACAUCUCGCACUGUCAAAGCGAGCAUCGAUUUCCUUGGUCAGUAGAUGAGGAAAACACACACUGCAGACAAACUCAGUAUUUAGUCAUGUUUUCCAGUCAAAAAUCUUUAAAUCAUCCUCAAAACGAAUAUAUAUAUAUAUAUCUUUUUAAAAUUUUUAUUCUGGAAAAAGUUCAUUUAUCCAACAAGGAUACGCUGUAAAAACCGAAUCGUUUUUUAAAAUAUAAUUUAUAAUAACUUUUUUUUAAAGCAGGCCUGUAGCCAGAGGCGUUCGGGUGGUUCAAAAGACCCACCCCUCAAUGACAAAGAUCCAGAAUUUGCUUUAUACAUGAGCUCAUUUGUUCUAUUUUGACUGCUACACCAUUAUGAAUUGUAAAAAAAAAAAAAAAAAGCCAUUGAAAAAUGCUUUAAGACCAAGCCGAAUCAUCUGUUGACCAUCACAUCAGUGUGACUUCAGCUAAUCAGUUUUGGCCAAUGCAAACUAUUAUUUUUCAUGAGUCCAAAAUCCAGCUGUGCAAGAAAUCAUACAAUGUAAGAGAAUGUAAAGUUGAAGUCAGAAUUAUUAGCCCCCCUCUAAUUUAUUAUUAUUAUUUUUUUUCGUUUUUAAAUAUUUCCCAAAUGAU